AGAUGCGCGCACGAGCGACUCCCUGGUCCCUACAAGCAAUCACAGCAGGUGAAGACGGGAAAUAAGCCUUAGAAGCCGAGUAGAUUGGUGUUGUUUAUUUAACAAACAUGUGCCUUUACGAGUGAAUAACCACUCAAUGUUUCUAUAGAAGCCGCUUCGACGUCGUUUUUUCGUCCGCGGUGCCUAAUAUGCUAUCGUUAGUAUGGGUUAUCGGUAGUUGCGCUCUCAUCCUCGGCAUGCUGCGAUUGACUGUCGAGGCCAUUGGACGACGUACAUGCACAGAGGGGGACUACUACUACGAGUAUACAGAGUGUGACGGUACAGGCUCGCGGUGGAGAGUGGCAAUCCCACAAAUCCCAGGAUUCUGUGAAGACCUUCCUCCGCCGGUCCAAGGGACAGCAUGCACAUUCUCAUGCGCGGCGGGGGAGUUCCUAGAGAUGACGGCCCAGGAAUGCACCCUAUGCGCCGCAGGAAGCUACUCCCUCGGCAGCGGCGUCCGCUUCGACCAAUGGGACGUCAUACCGGCGGGCUUCAGCAGCCUGGCAACCCACCUCGACAACGGUCCCCACGGGGACGACAGUGUCACCUGCAACAGUUCAUCGUGGGUCCCCCAGGGCAGCUAUCUGGAGUCCAACAGGGACGAGUGUACCGUCUCCCUCAUCUACGCCGUCCACCUGAAGAAGCAGGGGCAGGUCUCCUUCCAGUACCAGUACCCAGACAGCAACCUCAUGUUCCACUUCUUUAUCCAGAAUGACCAGUGUCAGGAGAUGGACGAGACAGCUGAUAAAAAGAGGGUCAGGCUCACAAGCCACGGGGAAUGGGCCACACACACCGUAAAAUUAAAGUCCGGCACUAACAUCCUAUACUGGAGGACUGCAGGGAUGCUAAUGGGAUCCAAAGUAGUAAAACCUGUCCUUCUGAAGCAAGUCCAAAUAGAAGGUGUGGCGUACACAUCCGAGUGUUUCCCCUGUAAGCCCGGCACUUUCAGUCGGACCCCGGGCUCGUCCUCCUGUGAACCCUGCCCUCGAGACACCUUCUCUGGCCAAGGAGCCAGCUCCUGCACCCCCUGCCACAACUCCACUCAGUACGCCCCUGAGGGCUCUGAUGAAUGCCGAGUCCGACCUCCCUGCUCCGUCAAGGAUUACUUCCAGAUCCACACCCCCUGUGACAGUGAGGGCAAGACCCAGGUCAUCUAUAAGUGGAUCAAGCCUCAGAUCUGUCUGGAGGGUGUGGACGGAGCCACGCCGCUGCCCCCUAGCGGUAAACGGGAGCCCUGCCCCCCCUGCAACCCUGGUUUCUAUAACAACGACACAGCCACGUGUUCGCCCUGCCCCCCCGGGACCUACUCCGAUGGGGUCAAAGCUUGCAAGCCCUGUCCAGCUGGUACUGAGCCUGCUUUGGGAUACCAGUACAAGUGGUGGAACGUCCUCCCAGCCAACAUGAAGACCUCCUGCUUCAACGUGGGCAACACCAAGUGUGACAGCAUGAACGGGUGGGAGGUGGCAGGGGAUCACAUCCACAAUGGGGCAGGGGGCUCCGAUAACGAUUAUCUCAUCCUCAACAUCCACGUUCCAGGAUUCAAACUCCCUACGUCGAUGGCGGAGGGUUCGGGGUCCGAGUUUGGACGCAUCACCUUCGUGUUCGACAUGGUGUGCCAGGCAGACUGCGAGCUCUACUUCAUGAUGGACGCCAACAGGAAGGCGACGACCGUGGUGGAAUCGUGGGAGGGCAACAAAGAGAAGCAGUCGUACACGCACGUCAUGACCAGGAACGCCUCCGUCUCGUACACCUGGGCCUUCCAGAGGACCAACCACCCCUAUGAGGAGCGUCACCAUGUCAACGACCAGGUGCGUAUCUACUCCAUCUUGGUGAGCAACGCACUGGACGGAGUGGCGUCCGAGUGCCGGGCGUGUGCCCUCAGCGCCCUGCCCUCCAGCUCCCUGUGUGUGCCCUGCCCCCUGGGGCACUACAUCGACACACACACCAGCCAGUGUACCGAGUGCCCCCUCAACACACACCUCAUCCCCCACUCUGCCCCCGGGAUCGGGGCUUGUAAGCCCUGCGGACCAGCCAGCAAGAGCAACAAGGAGCACCGCGUGUGCUACAGCGACUGUCUGUUCUCCCACUCGGACGGCAACGUGACUCGGAGUUUUGACUACAGCUCCCUGGCUCCCGUGGCAACCACCAUGGUCGGACCCAGCUUCACCUCCAAAGGAACCAAGUUCUACCACCUGUUCAACAUCAGCCUGUGUGGGGGAGAGGGCGGGAGGGCUGUGUGUACCGACAACGUGACGGACAUAUCCGGCCCUGAGUACCAGAUAGGCGAACAAGCCAAUGCCGUGAAGACUUUCAUCUGCCAAUCAACGAUCAUCCCCGCCAGUGGGAGGGGCUUGAACACAGCUCUCUCCUCCCAGUCCAUCAGUCUAGCAGACACUUUCCUAGGGGCUACAGUGGAGAGUACCCUGGGGAGAGUGAGAGCGCGUCCAGAGUUGUUCCCUCAGACCUCCAGCAACGUCCCCGACGUCAACUUCUUCUACCGUUCCCUGGAGGCCACCUCGUCAUGUGAUGCGGGCCGUAGCGUGGUGUUGACGCUUCGCUGUAGCCCCACGAAGAGCACGCAAGGAGAGCUCGUGGUGCCUAGUCACUGUCCGGCGGGGACGUGCGACGGCUGCACGUUUCACUUCCUGUGGGAGAGCUCAGGGGCGUGUCCUCGCUGCACCGAGGCAGACUACCACCAGAUAGAUGGCGCCUGCAAGGGAGGACAACAGGACCUGCUGUAUAUGUGGACCGAACCCAAGCUGUGUGUGGGGGGCGUGUCCCUGCCUGACAAGAAGAGUUGGCCGUGUGAGAGCAUGGACUUCUGGAUCCGUCUGGGGGCGGGGCUGGGAGCCUUCUCUGCCGCGCUGCUCAUCUCUGUCACGUGCUUCUUCUGGAAGAAAAACAAGAGGUUGGAGUACAAGUACUCCCGCCUGGUGAUGUCAGCCAAUAAGGAGUGCGAGCUGCCCUGUGCCGACAGCUGUGCCGUGAUGGAGGGUGAGGAGAACGAGGGGGAGAUGGAGGACGAGGUGGUCUACUCCAAACCCACCCUGAUGGGCAAACUCAAAGCGAUGGCGUCCAAGAGAAACGGAGAUCCAUACGAGAACGUCCAGCUGAGCUCGUCGAAGUCACAAGGCUUGGUGUGGGGGUAGAGAGGGGGAGGGGAUAGUCAGCGAGCGAGGGAAGCACAAGUGAAUGACAUCUGAACCACGGCGGAGACUCUUUCGACAUAUCGCCCCGGACUGAGCGGACGGAAAUGGAACACGCGCACACACACGCGCGCUCAGGACGUGUCUCUGAGUGUGUACCGCAGCAUCUCCCUGACGCUGUGUGUGUGUGUGUGGGGGGGGUGUGGGGGGGGGGUGUGGGGGGGGGGCUGUGGGGGGGGGUGUGUGGUGGCGUUGUGCCGUUUGGCUGGUGACUGUGUGCUGGUCUCAUCUGAGACAUGGUGUGUAGACGCUCAGGUGCACCACCUGUUUGGGAUCGUUAGAGCUCUAUUCCAUACCAGUUAUCAGCCAUACUUAGAUUCACUCAGGUGUUUUGCCCUUUUAUAUGCUUAUGUAUCCCUAUAUCUUUGACACGCACACACACACGCACACAAACAAACACACACCCCUCGAAUGUGGACGUCACUCCUAUUAUGUGUCUUUAUUGGAACUUUGGGUUGUUGAAGCGGAUGGUGAUGGGAAGUGUGCUCCUGUAUCUGUUACUUGAAUCGGGAACGGAGAUGCUGAAUAGCACAGUCUGAGGGACUGUGGUUCUGACUGUAGAACUGUCGGAGACGAAGAAAUAAAUGAUUGGUUUUCUGUA